CGUUCCCCUUCCCUGCCCAGGUCGAGCCUGAGGGUCCCUUCCUUCGUCCUCGCUCGCUCGAUGUGUGGCGCCGUGGAUGCCUCCAUCCUUCCCUCCUUCCUUGCUCGUCAAUGGACCCGAGUGGGAAGCCACCUCCGCCUGCCGACCCCCUUCCUGUCGCCAAAGCAUGCCUCCCGGUUUGGCCGGCCUAAAUUCCAGAAUUCCGGAAUUCUUCUUCAGGGAUCGACUCUACUCCGUACGGAUAGCACUCUAGCUCUUUCUUCGCCCGGGC